AUGGAAGAUGAGGAAGGUGACACUUUCCACCCUACUAACAGCAGUCCACCAUUCUCUAAGAAUGAAAGCCAUGGCCAGGUCUACAAGGGCAACUAUACCUUCUCCUCCUACUAUCAGCAUUCGUCUCCAGUGGCUGCCAUGUUCAUAGUUGCCUAUGUCUUUAUCUUCUUCAUGUGCAUGAUCGGUAACAUGCUGGUGUGCUUCAUUGUGCUGAAGAACCGGCAGAUGAGAACUGUCACCAAUAUAUUUAUUCUCAACCUGGCUAUCAGUGAUGUUUUGGUGGGGAUCUUCUGCAUGCCAACCACCCUGGUAGACAACCUGAUUACGGGCUGGCCGUUUGAUGUUAUCAUGUGUAAAAUGAGUGGGCUGGUCCAAGGGAUGUCUGUCUCAGCUUCUGUGUUCACUUUGGUAGCCAUUGCCGUAGAAAGGUUCCGAUGUAUAGUAUACCCAUUCCGACAGAAACUAAGCCUACGGAAAGCCCUGAUCACCAUUGUUAUCAUUUGGGUCUUAGCCCUAAUCAUCAUGUGCCCCUCUGCAGUCACCUUGACUGUCACCAGGGAUGACUACCACUUCAUGCUAGAUGCCUACAACAACUCCUACCCGCUCUACUCCUGCUGGGAGGCCUGGCCAGACAAAGAGAUGCGUAAAAUCUACACAACGGUUCUUUUCUCACACAUUUACCUUGCCCCUCUCACCUCAAUUGUGAUCAUGUACGCCCGCAUUGCCUUCAAACUCUUCAAAUCGUCCGCUCCCAUACGAGGCUCCCAGUUGGAGGAGCAUGAGGGGAGAAGGGUCUCCAGGAGGAAGAUCAAAGUGAUCAAUAUGUUGAUCAUUGUGGCAUUAUUCUUCACUCUCUCUUGGUUGCCCUUGUGGACAUUAAUGCUGCUGACUGACUAUGGGAACCUCACUGAGGAUCGACUCAACCUCAUUACCGUUUAUUUCUUUCCAUUUGCCCAUUGGCUGGCUUUCUUUAACAGCAGCAUUAACCCAAUCAUCUAUGGGUACUUCAAUGAGAACUUCCGGAGAGGCUUCCAAGAGGCCUUCAAAGUUCAGCUCUGCUCCAUGGAAAGGGAGCACAAGGACACCUAUUCCGGUCAGAACAACAGUGGAUUCCUUUUUGGGGCACGCAAUCGGAUUUUUGUGGAAGUUCACGGCAGUGACUCAGCACAGCCCUCUGAGUCUGGCCAAAGCAGCCUAUUGAGAACAGGAUUGUUUCCUGCGAGGAAUGGGCGGGUAGCUCACCAUGGGCUGAUGGUGGAGGAUUUGGACAGUAAAAGUUGCUCUCCCAAUACUGUCAGCGUCCCAGCUUGGGAUAUGUAA